AUGUCUCGCCAUAGGGCUGCUCCUAACACAAAUAAACGUGAAUGCAAUAUUUGCCAUGGCCUAUUUGCUCCACAGACCUUUGCACGGCACCAGACUGCUUGCAAACGCAAAAUAGAGGAAGAAAAAUCUGCGAGGUUAUACAGGAUGAGGGAAGCACCUUCUGAAACAUCAGCUUUUGGCGACACACACCCUGAAGCUCAAGAAGAUGACCCCGGCGUUGGCAAUUUUGAAUCAGAUACAGACUUGGAACCUAUUUAUUUCGACAAUUAUCAAGAGACUUCCACAAGUAUGGAAGGGGAUAAUCAUACUCCUAUUCUCGAAGAGUUGGAAUCUGAAGAGUUGGAAUCGGAAAUACAACUGGACGAUAUCAAAAUUGAAUAUCAUCCCAACAGUGGCCGGAAGCCUGUGAUUGUACAUUUCGAUGACUUCGGAAGGAGCGAGGAUGUAAACAAAGGAUCGAUUCCACCAAAUUGCACACCAUGGCAUCCAUGGAGGAGCCGUAUGGAUUUUGAAGUUGCUUCAUUAGCGCUUAACUGCCACAUGAAUAAACAAAAAACCGACAAACUUAUCAAUUUGAUCUAUCGCGCUGCCCGUGGUCUUGACGCUUUUACAUUAAAAGAUCACCAAGAAAUCCAGAAUACUUGGGACUUAGCAGCUGAACGAUUAACAAAGUUUCGAAAGACAGAAGUUGUAGUCCGCUAUCGUGAUCUAGAGCCAGAAUCAUAUGAGCUGUAUUACCGACCUGUUUGGGACUGGUUGCAAGAGUUAUUACUUAAUCGCGAUAUUGUAUCCAAGAUGGAAUGGGAUGCUCGUAGACUCUUCAAAUUUGAUGGUGGAUCUCAGACAUGGAAACGUUUCAUUGAGGAAGCAUGGUCAGCAAAUUCAUGGUGGUCAUUUCAGAUACAGAGUAAACUUCCAGCCGGAGCGGUACCACUUUGUGUUGUGUUUUACGCUGAUAAGAGCAAACUAUCAUCGUUUGGUACUGCAAAAGGUUAUCCUGUCAUUGUUCGAUGCGCAAAUUUACCCAUGGAUAUCCAGAAUGGCUCUGGUAUUGCUGGAGAUAGGGUCGUAGGGUGGUUACCAAUUGUUUCUGAAGAUGCUGCACAUAGUGGUAAGGCCGAUUUUGUCAAUUUCAAAAACGUUGUAUGGCAUGAAUCGGCCGCGAAGAUAUUCGAGUCCAUGGCAGAGUAUUGUCGAACUGGGUAUACAAUGGUUUGUGGUGAUGGAGUUCAUCGGUGGAUGUAUCCUAUUGUCCUCAUCAAGUCAGCCGAUUAUGAAGAGCAAUGUGUCAUCUGUCUUACUCGGGGGUUAAAAAGCUUGCACCCAUGCGACACUAUCGAAAUACUCAAUAAUGCUAGACAGAAGGCAUUAAUCUCAAAAGCAGAUGAAGAAGCAGAGCUUAAAAAGUAUAGUCUGCGACCAUGCUUUCUCGCCCAUAGUGAUCCAUUUGCAGGUGUUUCCUUCGACGAUCUCCACUUCCAAGACAGUGGGGUUUGGGGCGAUCAUAUAUUUGAACAUGCAAAGAUCCAAAUUGAUAAUCGGAGUGCAGUAACCAAAAUUGAUAAUCGCAACAAACUGUCUGUUAGGUUUAAAGAAUUUCCUCGCUGGUCCAAACUCAACCAUUUCGACACUGGUGUUAUGAAGCUAUCAUUUAAUGAUGGUAGUAAACACUACGAUAUAUCAAGGCUCUUUUUAUUUGCCGCCCAUGAUGUUAUAUCAGAAAAGGAGAACAAAGCUGCCUAUACGCUUCUCAAAGUCAUGCGGAAGUACAUCAACAUGAUCAUGUAUUCGGGACUGAACGUACAGACUUCUGAUACAAUAGCACUUGGCCAUGGUGCUAUCAAGAAUUUUGUAGAUAUGCUCAAGGUGUACAUAUCGCUCUCACCUGAUGUGAAUAAAACAUUCAAUGUCAUCAAGGUACAUUACCACCAGCAUCUCUACGAUGACAUUGAGAACAAAGGUGUUUUACGUAGAAUGAGUACCAAACCAAAUGAGAAGUUUCAUGGCCCUUUACGCAAAAUUUACCUUCGACAAACAAAUUUCAAGGACACAGCAAAACAGAUUGUACGGUUUGAGCAUCAGAGCGUUGUUGCUACCCUCAUACAGGAUGAAAUCCAAAUACUGGAUAGAUAUAAGCAUGGCGAUCCAGAGCUCCCAUCAGAUCUGGAGACAUCAAUCGACAAUGUCCACUUCACAUUAGGCUCAAAAUUGAAGCCCGUUUCCUUUGCUCAACUUGAGGGUGAAGAUCUUAUAUUUGCACGAAUACAUAUCCGCUUGGCAGAGUUCAUGUCGACCUUACUCACAACUGCAACCAACAUUGUUCGCGUCACAUAUACAGCUCAUGAUACUGUUAUUCCAUAUCAAUUCUUGAAAAUCCGUUAUGAGUCUUUAGAGACCUGGCGGCUUGCAGUUGACAUCCUGCGUUGUAAUCCCAGCUUUCAUGGCCAUCCUCGAUACGACUACAUCAUCUUUCGUGGAAUUCUGGGGCCAGUCUUUGCCCGGCUGCAUUAUUUACUCCUUUGUAAUGCCUGCAACAGCCAAUACCCGAUAGCACUUGUGCAAGCUUACAAGAUUGUUUAUACCCGGUCACGUAUAGACAAAGAUCUUGGACUUCUUCACAUUCGCAAGGAGCAUAACCUAGAAUUUAUUUCGAUGAUGAAGGCAAUAUCUCAGAUGCCUCUGAUGAUCCUGAAUUUGUACCAUAUACACUACCUGACUUGGAGAAGGUUACGAUGCAUGAUUUGCGACAGGCUCUCGAAAAGGUUCAAGAUCAGAAUCAGCAGCUCCUUGGUCACAACUCAAAGCUCAGGAUGCAAAAUUCAGACUUGA